UCGCGGCUGGCCCCUGGACCAUUGGCCUCUGGGGCAGCAGGCGGCGGCGGCGGCGGCGGCCAGAGAUAUUUAAAGCGCUCAUUGGCCAGGCCCUGGCACUCAGCACAUGCUGCGGGGUCGCGGCGCAGGCAGAGAGCAGGGCUUCAGAUCCCGGGCUGCUCCUCCCAUUCCUCCUCGUGCCCAGGGCCAGCCUCAGUGCUGUGGUCCACUAUGCCCAGGCCAUCCCUCAGGCCUUCUCAGCUCUUCACCAUCUCGAGCCUGCUCUAUUACUCCACCUGUAUGGCCCUUCCCGGUUUGGAAGAGAAGAAAAGAGUCAGUCAGAAAGGAUGCUGUCUGUUGACCCCUCCUCCUCCACCAAUGUUUCCACCGCCAUUUUUCAGAGGGGGCCGGAGUUCUCUUCUGUCCCCAGAUAUGCCAAACUUCUUUCUAGAGCUACAGACAACCCAGUCUCCUUGUGUUCAAGAAUCCCUUGGCCCCCCUGGGCCUCCGGGCCCCCAGGGUCCUCCAGGGAUUCCUGGAGUGAGAGGACCGAAAGGGGAAAAAGGGGAACUUGGCCGGCCAGGAAGAAAAGGUAGACCCGGCCCUCCAGGAGUCCCCGGAAUGCCCGGGCCUAUUGGCUGGCCGGGCCCUACUGGACCUCAGGGUGAAAAAGGUGAUCUGGGUUUGAUGGGAUUACCAGGUACAAGAGGACCUGUGGGCUCUCAGGGUCACCCUGGAACCAGAGGGGAAAAGGGCUCCAAAGGAGACAAGGGCAUCUUGGGUCCAAAAGGAGAAAAGGGUUUUCCAGGGCUUCCUGGGAUGCUGGGACAGAAAGGAGAAAUGGGUCCAAAGGGAGAACCUGGUACAUCAGGACCCAGGGGGCCUACAGGAAGACCAGGAAAACGAGGCAAGCAAGGACAAAAGGGCGAUACUGGAGUCAUAGGUCCACCUGGCCGACCCGGAGCUCCUGGCAAACCCGGUCCUCCAGGAGUACCAGCAUCAGGACAAUCUGUCAUUGGACCCAAAGGAGAAAGAGGACCUCCUGGGCCUCCAGGGAGAUGCCUUUGUGGCUUUUCCAUGAAUACGAAUAACCCUUCAUAUGAGGACUCUGAGCAUGGACCGAACUACCCCAGAGUGCCUGUGAUUUUUGUGGUGAACAAUGGGGAGGAGCUGGAACGGCUAAACACCCAGAAUGCGAUCGCCUUUCGUAAAGACCAGAGAGCUCUAUAUUUCAAGGACAAUGUUGGCUGGCUUCCCAUACAGCUUACUCCUUUCUAUCCUGUGGAUUACCCUGUAGACGAUGGCAACUCUUGUGGAGAUGGACUCCUACAGCGUGGGGAGGAAUGUGAUGAUGGCAACAACAACGUGGCUGAUGACUGCAUAAGAUGUCAUCGUGCAUACUGUGGAGACGGUUAUCGACAGGAAGGUGUGGAAGACUGUGACGGAAGGGAUUUUGGCUAUCUGACUUGCGAGACCUAUCUCCCUGGGUCUUAUGGGGAAUUGAGAUGUACUCCACACUGCUACAUUGACUCUACACCUUGUCGCUAUUUCACAUGAAGGCAGUGCAGGAUGGGUGGUACCCCAUGUGGAAUGGACAGCAGUUGGCAUGACACUAAUUCAGACUGGCAUAGUCAUGCCAACUCUGCAUGAAGAAAACAAAAAACCAACGAUCUUGCUGCUGACGGCCAUAGGAGAUGUAUGUUUAAUUAGUUCUGACUGGAAGCAAAAUGGACUACUGUAUUCUUGUCUUAAUCCAAAAUGUCGGAUGGCAUCUCCCAGGCUCACUUGUGGGAGCUGGUCUGCUACCCAACUGUAAAGACAAAUGAACUGGAAAACAGCAACGAAUCUCCAGACCCAGGAAAACUAUGUGAGAAGACAAUAAUACCUCAGUUUGGCACUGUCUACACACAGACUUUUGGGGGUGUUGUUUUCAUUUAGUUUUGAUCUGCAGCUUUCGACUAUCUCUUGGUGGUGUGGAGCUCAUGACAACACUCCACUCUUCUGCCCCACUCUGGCCCCUAGCUGGGUCAGGACUGUACAACAGCACAGACUUCAGCACUGGGGACAUGAAGUGCCAAGGAUGCCCACUGACAGAGUGAAUCUCCUGUUCUACUGUGGAAGGGACCCAUGGCCAGUGGUCAGCUUCAGAAGGCUCUUGGGAUGAAAAGAGGGCACGUAGCCAUCCCUCCCUGGGGAGAUGGUGGAUUAGCCCCAGACUGAGCAGUCACUGUCUCCUUAGACAAGAGGGAGCCAACUUCCAUAAAGAGAUGAAAGAUCAGUCCCCACCCCCAUGAAAACAGAGGCUUACUGAGAGCUUUCUGGACUAACUGCAAAAACUGUCUUGGAGGUUGGUGUCUGGUUUCUUAGCAUCCACUUGGGAGAGGAGCCCUCAGGUCUCUAGGUCCCAGCCUUUGUUCUCUCUCUCUCUGUUGGUUCCAUCCAUCAGAGCCGAGCCUCAUUAUCUAAUCCUAGUAACCACACCUCUGUGCCAUUCUCUUACCCAGUUCACAGAUGUGGCUUCCUCCCCGGUGCAGUCUUUCAGAAAACUUGGUCCCCUGUCUUAACUGUAUAGGGUUCUGCCCCUGAAAAUGAUGCCUCUGUGCUUCUCAUCUUUCCCUAGUGAGUACUUGGCAGCCUCUCUCCGGGUGCAGGAAUCGCAUGUGGGGCUUAUUGUUGUCUCUAGAUGGGAGCUCCUAAUUUCUAUACUUGUAAGUCCAACAGGUCUGCGAGUUGUCUCGAAGUCAUCAGUCUGCCUAGAGAGGUGUUUAUUUGUUCUGUCAUGUGAAAAGGGGUCUAAUGAGUGUCUGUCCCCACAGCAUUAAAAAAGCUGGGCUUUGUUUACUGGAAGAACCAAAUGGCUUAUUCUGUGCAGAAGGAUGAAUGUUCUGUAGGUUUCAUCCAAAUCCAUCACACAUUAGUGUAAGGAACGCUCCCUACAGUUCACCUGUCUUUAGACGGCAAAGGGGUGAGCUGCUGAUCCAGUUGGUAUUCCAGUUUGACAAGGACUCGAAUGAAGAUGUCAAAUCCAUGCAUUGCUUGUGCUGGAAUCGGCAUGACUAGACUCAACCCUAUCAAUGUCUCCCUGAAGACUGAACACAGGUGAGAAAGUCCCUGUCUCGGGUCAGUGAACAGAACACUUCCUUCCCCUUCAUCAAGCUGGAGGAGCUAGUGUUGUCCACCCUUGACAUGGGAAUUUGUGGAUGCAGAAAGGAUAAAGGCGGUUCAUGUACUCCUGGUGGCGUCUCUUUACUUAAUGGUUGGUAACCAAUUCAAUGUCGUUGAACACUGCUUGGGGGAGGGCAUGUGGUGGUAGAGGUGGUCUGAAUUUAGAUCUGACCCUCUAUAUUGGCACAAAUUGGGUUCUCUUGUCUUCAAGGGGGAUUCAACAUUCUUUUUCUUAAAGAGAGAAAAAUAGAUUUCAGUUCUUUUUCAUUGAGACAGCAUACAGCACUUUGGCAGGGAGCAGAGAUGGCCGGGGCAGAAAUCAGCAGGGGGGAAGGGGGUCAUAUGGAGCAAAUUCAUUAAUCUUAUGUGUCGGUCUAUCCCCCUCCUUGAGACUCAUUUUCUUCAUCCAUAAAGCGAUGAGGUAAGCGUGUUGACUGUGAAGGUCUUUCACUUCAAACAUCCUUUGAAGCUAUCUAUGACCACUUCCCAGGCCUUGAGCUUUUCUUGUAGCGAUGAAGAGUGUCUUGUUAAAUGAUCGCAGAUGUUCUACAAUCACAAUUUGAUGACAUAUCCAUGUUUUGGCGAUCUUCUUGGACAGAAAAUGAAUCAGCGGGAAGCCUCCCGCAUCUUAUAGUGGAUAGACCCUUUAUGGGAGAUAUGGAUGGAUGAAAGUGGCCUUCGUCAUGGAUGGCCAUUCACUUGUCCCAUAGCCGGGGUUCUUGUUGCCCCCUAAAAUGGAUUUUGCUGCUAACCAUGUUGCUGCUAACCGUGUUAGCCGCCCUCAAGGUCCCGAAGCUUGUGCUUAUUACUGGAUAUUCCAUCUUUGCACAGGACUGUCCCUGAAGACGUUCUCUUGCCCAGCCUCCUCCGGGAGGACCCAUUUUUUGAGAGCUGAGGGUAUGGCAUAUUACUUCCUGCCCGUUAUAUGUGCUUUUCCAUAUUGGUCAUGUAAUCUUGUAACAUACAUUUACUAUAUCAACCAUGUAGAUUUGGGAACUGACUGUACUACACAACCUAUGCACAAUAAAAUCCAUUUCUUUGAAAUACUGUCUCCUCCAUCCUCAUCUCUAUUUUCCUUCCAUGUCAGAUACAAGUUCUUGUUAUUUGGGGCUAACUAUGUUUGUUAUAAAACUACAUAACAAUAAUAAACCACGUUUGUAGAAUGCUUUAAGGUUUCUUCUGUUGUAAUAUUGUACUGGGCCUGGUGUCAAGAAGAUCUGAGAGCAAGCACUGCCUUUGCCUGUUAGGAGCUACAUGACCAUGGGCAAGGCAGUCAACCCCCGAGUUUCAAUGUUCUCGUUUGCAAAAUGGAGAGACUCAUAACUGUAGUAUGUUAUUUGUUUAUUAGGCAGCCUUUGAUGCCCUUAAAAGACAAACAAACCCCAAGAGGCAUCUUCUAGAUUAUAGAAUGAAUCAUUCAGAUGGCAUGAGGCUAUGAGACUCCAAUGAGAAAGUGAACUCAAAAAGCACUUGGUAAACUUUAACUUGCUAUAGAAAUGCCCAAGUGUAUUAUCAUUUCCUCAUAACAACCCUGUGACUUGGACGGUGGGAGCAUUAUCACCCUACAGACCCCAGUCAAUAGAAGAAAUGAAUCACGGAGGAAAAGUCUUAGAGACAUAUUUAAAUCUCUGACUCCAAAAUCCAGCCCUCUUUGUGCUGUUACUCAGAAUCCAAAAGUGCCGAUUAGUCAAGGUUUAGGUGUAAAAUGAAACCAGAAGGUUGGGGAGGAGGAAUGAAAAGAAAUCAAAUUAAUUAGUGUGACUUUUCUGGCUCUGGCAGCCUCGUGCCAUCUGAGUGACUUGUUCUAUAAUCUAGAGAACGUCUUUUGGGUUUGUUUGUCUGUUUAAGGGUUUCGAAGGCUGCCAAAUAAACAAAUCUCUCAGAAUUUUUUGCAUCUUGGCUUUCCCUUUUUGUAAUUUUGGCAAAAAAAUAUUUUCACAUGUAAAGAGCAGCAAAAGUGUGUAUAUGAACCCGUUCAUUUCUAUUAUGUUUGUCUUCUUUUUUUUUUAAAGGAUAGAUCACAUUUAACAUGGCACUGACACUGUCCUGCUUCUCCAUCUCACCUUCUGAAUAUUCUGCUUCCUUUUGUGUAUUUUCAAAUGUUUCAUUGAUAAUUUAAUUUUCUUCCCUUACCACUAAUCCCUCUGUCCAAGUCUCUAAAUAAAUAAAAAUUUGGUUAAGUAAA